AUGCUCGGCCGAAGCCCGGUGCGGGCAGUGAGUGAAGAAGAGCGGCCGCACCGACCGCCGCCUCAGCACGAGGAAAAUCUGACCACCACGCCAACGGACGCGCUCGAGCUCGGCGUUAAUGCGCUUCGCCAUGUGGUGGUCCGCACGCCGCCCUUCUGGAAGGACAACCCGGCGGCGUGGUUCAUGCAGCUCGAAUCGCUAUUCGCCUGCCAGCAGAUCAACACCGAUCUGCAGCGAUACCACGCCACGGUCGCGGGAUUGGACGGCGAGACGGUGGCAGACCUGAUGGAUGUGCUGCGGCUUUCGCCGGCGGCUGGCAAGUACGAGAAUUUGAAGUGGCAAGUUCUGGCUCGACACGGCGAUACCACGCAGCAGCGCCUGAACAAGCUGCUCUCCGGCCUCACCAUCGGAGAUCGCACUUCCGCGCAGCUGCAUCGACACAUGCGGGCUCUGGCGGGGGAUAGCAUCACGGAUGAUGCCCUCCGGAUCCGAUGGCUGGACCUUUUGCCCUCCGCGACCUCGAGGAUGCUAAGGCUCCUACGGAAAGCGGAUCUGGACGAGCUUGCGCAGACGGCGGACGAGCUGGUCGACACCGUGCCCGACAUCUGCGCGGUGGGCGCUACGCGCGCGGCGACGAGCACCGUGGCCGCUCCGACGGUCGCAUCUGACUCCGCUGCGCUGGAGUCGAUCAGGGCCGAGCUGACAGCCCAGCGCGGCAUCCUCGAGGACAUUCGCAACGCGAUGAGGAGUGCCCGGCCGCGCGACCGCAGUCGGUCCCGUCCCCGGAAUCAGUCCUCCGGCUGCGGUGACCUCUGCUUCUACCACGCCCGGUUUGGCGAGAGCGCCGAGAAUUGCCGCCCGCCGUGCGGUUACGCCGCAAACACUCAGCUGGGAAACCGCUAA